CAUCAAGUAGCACAGUUAAUCUCAACCUUGGUUUAAUCUAGGUGCAAGUCGUACAAAACAACGCAAAAUGCUGAACGCCGACAUCUUUGUGAUUGUGCUAAUUACCAUAUUAACUUUGUUUUUGCUGGCUAAGUGGAUAAAUGUAUUCAGUAAAAAGCGGUAUCCGCCUGGACCAUGGGGAUUUCCUAUCCUCGGCCACGUACCGUUGUUAGGCGACAAACCGGAGAAGACACACUUACAGUGGUGGCAGCAAUAUGGCGAUGUCGUGCGUGUACGCCUAGGGAGCUGGAAUGCCAUUAUUGUCAACGGGUACGAGGCCAUCAAAGAUGCUCUGGAAAGGAAAGAUGAUGUUUUCUCCGGAAGACCUUCUUUUGUGUCAGUAAAGGCUACAGAGGAAGCGUUUGAUGGAGUUGCAAUUACCAAUCAAACCGACUUCUCUCCGAAAUACCUCCAGCUCAGAAAACUGCUUGUGACAUCUCUCCGGAAGUAUAUCUAUAAGUGUACAUAUUCUCCGGAAGAUGUGUGUAGGGAAGAAACGGAAAAAUUGACAGAAAAACUGCUUAGAUACCCAAAUGAUGAACCCGUGUCAAUAAUUUCUGAAGUUGAGUUGGCUGUUGAAAGUAUGAUAUAUCAAAUGAUAUACGGAAAAGGAAAGGAAAACGAAGUAGAAGCACAUGUAAAAGAAAUAGUUGAAGCAACGAAAGUCAUUAACAGGUUUUUUGGUAUGGGAAAUAUAAUAGAUGUCGUACCCUGGUUGCGUUAUAUAAUGAAAGGGACGAUAGAACGAUUAAAGAAAGCUAUACUGUUAACAGACUGGAUUAGAAAAGCUAAAAUAGAGGAACACAUCAAUUCAUCUGAGAAUGGUCGCAUGGAAGAUUUACUAGAUACAGUACUUGCUCUCUCAAAGGACUUACCUGAACAUGAAAACGGAAACAGUGUUUCAAGGGAAACUUUACUAACACAGCUUGUAGUUGUGCAAGGAGCCGGCUUUGAUCCUGUAUCUCGUAUAAUUCUAUUCAUAAUUUUAUACUUAGCUGCGUACCCUGAUGUGCAAGAACGUGUCCAGAAAGAGGUUGAUGAUGUUUUAGGUAACAACAAGGCUGUUUCAUGGAAAGACCGUGACAAGCUUCCGUACCUAUACGCAACCAUUCACGAAAUAAUGAGAAUAACAUGCAUCGUACCCACUACGAUACCGCAUUAUGCUCUCCAUGAUACGAUAUUACGUGGUUACGACGUCGACGAAGGAACCGUGGUCGUGUUAAACCUUCAUUCCGUUGCAAAUGAGAAGUCGUUUUGGGGAGAUCCGGAAGUAUUUCGACCAGAGAGGCUCCUUGACAAAAACGGUAAACUUGACAGAGAAAGGUGCUCGCAUGUUAUGAUCUUCGGUGCAGGGAGACGUAUUUGCGCUGGAGAACUGAUGGCAAAAAUGAAUAUUUUUAUCGUGACAACAACUUUGAUGCAACGCUGUUCGUUCAAAAAGGCGCCUGGUUGUGAUCUUGAUUUGGAGCCUAUUCGAUCGCUCGUAUACUCGCCAAAGCCUUUCAAGGUCACGGUGCAUGGAAGAUACUAAUGAACGGGUGAAAAAAAAUGAUGUUGACAUUUAUAAUUUAAUGUUAAAUUAAGCAAGAACACAACUUAAGGAAGUAACAUAUCCCACACAAGGAAGUCACAUCUAUGGCAUUUCACCUGAAACAAAUUGGUUACAACUGCGAAUUUUGACAAUUAUAUGGAUAUAUUUGAAUUUCAAAAAACAGUACUGUUACCAUCAUGAAUGAAAAUUUCAUUGUCAUCUAAUUUGGUGUUUUCUUUCUCGAGCGUGGUCAAAAUAACCGCCUUGACUAUAGCAAAACUAACAACCAUAACAUACUAUAUUAAAAGAUCGCGUAAUUUGCUUACGGAAAAAGGAAGUGAGAUUUAAUUUGCAGAAAUUCUGUUCUUUUGUGUAACCAGAUAACCAGCUUAUGUCACAGACCUCUUUCUAACCGCUGUCUUGUAUAACAACUUUGUCUGAUGAAUUUCCUUUUAUUCAUUUUUGCAGUAUUAUAGUCAGGUACAUGUAUUUGGUGCAAAAGGCAUGUCUAACAGAUUCUUUCGCAUAGUAUCAGGAUUUUCUUCAUGUAUAACCAGACAAUUUGCUCACCAUUACCGUAGUAUAUAAUCAAAUAAUUUUGUCAUGAACCUCUCUCUAACCAUUUACGUACAUAACCAGGUAUAUUUUGCGUCAUGAACUCUAACCAGUUACUUUGUAUAUAACAAGGUAUAUUUUCUGUCAUGAAUCUAAAUCUAACCAGUUACUUCGUAUAUAACAAGGUAUAUUUUGUGUCAUGAAUCUAAAUCUAACAA